UCAUGAUAGCUUUGAUCUGAUCGUUAUCUUUAUGGAAAAGAAGAUUCGACUUAAAAGACUGAGGCAGGUGGUUUUAACUAUUUGAGUGAGGUCAUCUUUAAUACCAUAGUGUGACCCGUUUAGAAACCAUGAAAAAAAAAGGAGGGAGCAGAGGAAAGGAGAAGGAGAAUGGGGAAAGGAAAAGAAUAAAGGAAAGAAAGAAGAAAAUUAGGUAGAAGGGAAGGGAGGGGAGGAGGGAAGGAGAGAGGAAGGAGAAGUAGGGAAGCUGAAGAAGGGGAGAAGCUAAAUCACACUUCAUAGUUUUAAAGGGGCCUGUUACCAGGGGGCGGGGCCACUGCUCCAGAAAGGCAGUAGUAGACUAUGGCGAAUGAAUGAAUGCCUGUCUGCUCUGUGACGUUUGAGCCUGAGCUAGAGAAAUUCAGCUACCCUAGGCAGUACUGGCUGACAAAGACUUUUCAGCAAUGCCAUGGCAGAGAAGCUUCUGCUAGUCUCUUUGAGAGGUGCUGGGUGAUUUCAUCAAUGGGGCUUCUAAACAGCCGCAGCACUUUGAGAAGCAGUGAUUCCGGCUUGGCAGAGUCAGCUCAGCCAGAAGACAACGCAGGUCCAGGUCCCAGUUACAUCUCUGGCAGUCGCAAGCGCAAAUGGGGCAUUUGGGACUGUGUGGCACCAACCCCUAACAUCCACGAAUCUUGGAACCAGAGAGUCAACCUAGAGCAACUUUUUGGCAUCGUCUACAGGAAAAAACCGAGGCUAUCAUCUAAGUAUGCAUACGAAAAUUUAUUUUUGGACUGCAAGGUUACCGACAUUCGAAUCCGCGCACUUGAAGUAGAAUGGCCUCUACACAAAGCAUUUUUAUGCCAGUCAGCCUUCUUUGCUAAGAUGCUAAAAGAUACUUGGAAAGAAUCCCACAGUGGUGUUGUUGACCUGCAGAUUAAGAACAAGGAUAUAGAUGUCGGCUCCUUGCACUUUGUGUUUGGGUCAUUGUACAGGGACGAGGACUUGCCAAUAACACCCCGUCGAGUGCCUCACAUUUUGGCAGCAGCAUGCCUGCUUCAGGUGGAGCAUGUCAUCCGGCAAUGUAAAGAGAUCAUGAACAGCAGCAUCACUAGGGAAACCGUGUGCUCAUACUACACAGCAGCAGAAACAUAUGGACUGAAAUCUGUAAAGACAUGCUGCUUUGACUGGCUUCUCUGCAACUUUAUGAUUCAUCCAACUGUUGAACUUUACAGGGAAAUUGAUACAAAGCUCAUGUAUCUUCUUAUUUCUUCACCUGAUUUACUAGUUAUGCAAAAGGAAAUGGACAUCUACACCACCCUGAAAGGGUGGAUAUUUCUUUAUUUUAAUCCAUCCUGGAAAGGUCCAGUGAAGAAGAUCUUAAUUAAUGCCAACAGGUGGCUUUCCAAGCACAUGGAACGCGUUGAUAACAUCAGUUUUCUUGAAAGUGAAGAAGGACUAAUAUAUCAACUAGUUUUUUAAAAACUGAGUUUCCAACAUAUCAUCUGUGAUGUGGGUGACACAGCUACUCUUGAACAAGAUCGUCUAAUACCUUUAGAAUGGUUGACACCCAUUUAUAAACAGCAAUGGCUGGCUUUGCUUCAAGAACAAGAACACAUGGAAAUAGGGCCACGAAUCAUCAGUGAAGAACUUGAAGACUGCGGCAUGAGAUGUGGUACAAUGAUUAGCAGAGAUGGUAAAUACUCCUGGAAGUGGUCAGAUUUUAGGUUUAGUUUCCCUAUAAGAGUCAACUUUACCAACCGUCACAUCAUUUUUAGGCAAAGUCGUCAGCGGUAUGAUGGAUGUUGUUUAGAACAGGUACGAAAAGUAGUGUUCAAAAUAACUUUGGUGUGUUUUGAUUCCAACGGGAAAGUAACAUUCAGUAAAACAACUGGUCACAAAAUCGUUACCUUUGAAUAUAAGGAGGAACAAAUUGUAAUGAAGUUAGAUGUCAUAGUUUUAAGCUUCCCCUUAUAUAUAUUCUUCAAUUUCCUGUUUUUUUCAUCAGAAAAUGCAGAACAUAUGUGAUCUUGUCAAUUAUUAGACCAUAGAAGCAGCUUACAAACAUUGAUUGAUUCAUUAACUUGAAGGCUGUGCUGUAAAUGUAGUUAAGAUGACCGACAACAAAAUGAAAAUUCUUAGGAGUCUAGCACCACCACAGAGGACUCAAAUCCAUCUGCAUUUUAUUUUAAUACAUUUCUGAAGAAAAAUUCCACAUCCAACAAAGAAUUUGUCAAAGCAAAUCAGAAGAAACUGGUCUUUUGAUUUUUAUUUACCAUCAACGAUCAAGCCUCGAAUGGCAAUAAGAGACGUAUUUGCAAGGAAAAUCAGCGAAAUGAACUUGUUGAGUAGA